CCCACCAGGACUGUCUCACUCCUCCCUGGUGCGGGGGCAGCACCUUCCUCCUCCUCCUUCUCCUUCUCCUUCUCCUUCUUCUUCUUCUCCCCGGGCCGCUCCACUUCCCACCGGCCCCCGCACGCUCCGGCCCCGCGGAGGCUCCCAUGGGGCGGCCAGGUGGGUGCUGGGGGGGCCCAACCCGGCUGGGGGGGGGAGUCUUUAUUUGGGGGGCUGAGAGUCGCCACCCACCCGUGCGUGUGUGUCCCCCCCCAGGCCCCCGCAACCUGAGCUGCGUCUCCUACAAGCACCCGAGCGUGCGGGGCGGGCUGGGGGGCGCGGGGGGGGCGGCGGCCGGCGCCGUGCGCUGCCCCCCCGGGCAGUGCUGCAUCGGCAUCUGGAACCGCAGCCACGCGCUGGUGCAGGGCUGCUGGGGAGGUGGGGGGGCCGCCUGCCCCUCGCCCACCUGCACCCCCAGCCCCGCGGGCCCCCCCGGCGGUGCCGUCCUCGUGUGCCUGUGCCACGGCCACCUCUGCAACGGGAACACCACGGCGACGGGGACAGGGAUGGGGACGGGCACGGCCGUGGGGCUGGGGGGGCCCCCCCAGGGCCCAGUGCCCGGCCGGGGGGGGUCCACGGGGACCCUGUGGCUGUGGGGGGCCGGCCCCCUCCUCCUCAUCCUCCUCACCUGCCUGGGCAUCCUCGGGCUGCGACGAACAAGGGCCCACACGGGGCAGCCACCCCGGGAGGGCCAGAGAAUCGGGGUCCCCCCAGAGCCCCCCAGCCCAGACCUGCCUGCGCUGCACUUCCUGCAGGUGCUGCAGUCGGGGCGGUUCUCGGCGGUCUGGAGGGGGACCCUUCGCCAGCGGCCCGUGGCCAUCAAGGCGUUCGCGGCGGGGGCGCGGGGGCGGUUCGCGGCCGAACGGGCCGUGCACGCCCUGCCCCUGAUGGAGCACGAGAACGUGGCCCGGCUGCUGGGCACGAGGGGCGCCGGGCCCCGCGCCCGCGGGGGGCUGCUCGUCCUGCAGCUCUACCCGGCCGGGUCCCUGCGUGACUUCCUGGGGCAGCAUGUGGGCACGUGGGCGGGCAGCGUGCGCCUGGCGCUGUCCCUGGCCCGCGGCCUGGCCUUCCUGCACCAGGAGCUCUGGCGCGACGGGCUGUACAAGCCCAGCGUGGUGCACCGGGACCUGAGCAGCCAGAACGUGCUGGUGCGGGAGGACGGGACCUGCGCCAUCGGGGACUUCGGGCUGGCGCUGGCGCUGCCACCGCGCGCCCAGGACGGCACCGGGGCACGGCACGCUGUGGCCAUCCGCAAGGCGGGCACCCAGCGGUACCUGGCACCUGAAAUCCUGGACGAGAGCCUGGACCUGCAGGCCUGGGGCCGUGCCCUGCGCCAGGCCGACGUCUACGCCCUGGCCCUGCUGCUCUGGGAGAUCCUGUCCCGCUGCCAGGCCCUCAGCCCUGGAGCCCCUGUGCCAGCGUUCCAGCUGGCCUACGAGGCGGAGCUGGGCUCCAGCCCCACGGGGGCACAGCUCCGGCGCUUGGCCGCAGACGAGCGGCGGCGGCCGCUCAUCCCCCCUGCCUGGCACCAAGCGCCUCAGCCCGGGGGGGCUCUGCCGGAGCUGCUGGAGGACUGCUGGGACCCCGACCCCGAGGCGCGGCUCUCGGCCGAGCGGGCGCUCCAGCGGCUGCAGCGCUUGGCUGCGGGUCCCGCGCCCCCCCCGGGGGACCCCGGCCCGCGACCACCCCCCUUUCGCCAGGUCCUGGAGUCACCCACCAUGUGGAAUCCUGGUGCAGGGCAGCCGCCCCCCCCCAACCCCGUGUACCCCCCAAACCCCACGUACUCCCCCCAGGUGCCACCCCCCAACCCCGUGUAUCCCCCCCCCGGGGUACCCUCCAACCCUCUGGGGGGGCCAGGGCAGCCCCCGUACCCCCCUGGCCCUCCCCCGUACCCCACAGGCCCUCCCCUGGGCCCCUCGGCCCCCCCCCUGGUUCCACCCCUGCAGCCCCCCCACCCUGGGGUGCCCUCCCUGUACCCCCCCGGGCUGGACAAGAAGGCGGCCAAGAAGAUGAAGAAGAAGAUGAAGAAGGCUCAGAAGAGGCACAAGCGCUCUUCGUCUUCCUCCUCCUCCUCCUCCUCCUCCAGCAGCUCUGACUGAGGCUCCUGCCACGACCCCCUGGGACCACCCGGGACCCCCCAGGACCACCUGGAACCACCCGUGUCCUCCUGGGAGGACCCAAGACCCCCUGGGACCACCAGGGUCCUCGUGCCCAUCAUAUCCCAAUGUCCCCCCACCCCGUGGUCCCAAGAGGGGCUCUGGGUGCUGGGGGGGCCCAGGGGUGCCCCCCAAUAAAGCCCUGGGACACCCCAA